UCCAUCAGUUUUAUAACCAUUUGUUUGUAAAGUUUACCGUGCGCGCAUUGUCUGGGUGUUGGUGUCGUGUUUUUGGUUGACCAGACAGUUUUCUGAUUUGUUUUGGAUCAGACAAAAAUGUCGAACCAUGUUCUUCCGAUGCUGUAUUUUAAUCUUGGAGGUGAGAUGUUAUAUGUACUGGAUCAGCGUUUGAGGGCACAGAAAGUUGCUUUGCAAAGGGGUAACAAGGUCAUGGGCGAGAUUGUGGUAAACAUGUUCAGCAAAACUUUUAUGGAAGAUCUCUUCAAACCUCAAGCAAUUUACAGCAGGCGAGCCAUGAGAAGUUUAUUUGAAAAACUUGUGCAUUCUUCAAUAAUGCGUGUUGACGCUGACAGUAUGGAAAAGUUAUAUGAUCUCAUGGUGAUGACAUUUAAACAUCAAGUUAUUAAAUGUCCAAAUCCUCGAGAUUUGUUGCAAGUAACAUUAAAUCAUUUUGAUGAAAUUUUACAAUUCGUGUCAUCAAAUGCUGAAGCAAAAAAACUGGUUAUGGAAAGUUUUAAACAAUCUGUAAAACUAUAUGAUGAAAUGCCACUUGGAGAUUUAAUUUUUGUAAAGCAGUCUUUAUUAGGUUUCUUACACGAUUCAAAAAGUAAAGUUUCAAUAUUUGUUAAUAUGAAAGCUCAAAAUCGUGAUGGUACAUUUGUUGUGCCGAGGACGGGAAAUGUACCUGUCGGCACAGAUAUUCCAGGAGUUAUAUCGUUUUAUAAUAAUAAUGGCAUUGUGACAGAAAAAUUCACUGUAGGAUCGAAUUUCGGAAGCAGUAAAAUCAAAGACUCCUCAGUUGAAAUAGGAGGAUUGCGAAGUACCACACUUGGUAUGAAUUUGUAUGCACAUGACUACGGAAAUGAAUGCGCACUGGAAAGCGGUUCGCAAGAGUUAUCAUCGCAAAAUUUAGCCAAAGCUGAAGUCAAUUUGCUCAGUCACUUAAUUGGGGCAAAAAAAACAGAAGGUGAUUUUUUCAAGCUGGAUCUUUUCAACGCAGACAAUGUGGACGUUAGCAAGGUGUCUUCUUCUUCAGCUACCGUGUCGUCAAAUAGUAACACAAUUGAGAUAAAAGCUGAAAAAUCUGGCGAAAAUGAAUUAUCUAAAAUAAUGGAUGAUUUUAAAUCUAUCAGCACUAGCAAGAGUUCAGGUGAUGAUGAUCUGCUGUCGUUGAUGGACGAUUUGUAGCAAUGCUUAGGAAUUACGCUGAUUAGUUUUGUUAGAUAUCUGGUUUAUGCAAUUCCAGUAUGCACAAUAUUUGUUUCAUUUAAUGCUGUUUUUUGUAUUUCGGUAUUUUGAUCAUAGGUAGGCUAUUAUUAAAAAUCUUUUCAGUGAUUGUAUAUCUGUAUUGAAUGAGUAUAUUUAAUUACUAGAAUGAUCCAGACUACUUUGAUAUCAUUC